UGGAGCGAGCAGAGCUGCAGUUCAAGAGUUCAACAGCUAUCGCGCAUGCGCUUAGGUAACCUAGCAACGGUGGACACUGUCGGCAAAAGCAGGGAGGAGCUCACAGAGCUAACAGACGGAGCUUGGAGUUUUCAGGACUAAUAUGAGAAAAUGGUUCCAGUUUGUGCCUUUCCAAAUUGCGGCAACCAAAUGAAGAGAUAUUUGAGCUUGAGCUUUCACCGUCUACCCCUCCGCAACCGGGAGAUUUUACAGUUGUGGCUGGUUGUACUUCAGCUUGAUGUGCAAACUCCCUUGCGAACAUUACGUGAGAGAGAUUACCGUGUUUGCAGCGAACAUUUUGAUGAGGACGACUUCACCGAAAAGAGCGUCAAGUCCCGGUAUCUGAAGGCAAAUGCCAUUCCAAAAGUGAAAAGACCAACUGCAGACAAAUUGGAGGGGACAACAUCCAGUGACAUAGAGACAGAAUUAGCUGCAGUGCCACAGUCAACUCCCAAGAAGGCGUCAAGCAAAUCUGGUCAUCCAGCCAGUUUCAAAAUAGUUCUUUCAAGUCCACAGACAAAAACCCCACAACAACGUACAAAGCCUUCAUUAUCUGGCAUAUAUUUUGCACUCCCUCCUUUACGGCAACAAACAGACCAGGCUGCCACUGCAUCUAGCCCAUCUUUCAAUGCCCCCCACACAGCCAGUGAAUAUCAGAUUCUGUCUCCAGACCUAAGUGCUUCUGCAUCUAGUCCAUCUUUGACUGUCCCCUGCACAGCCAGUGAAGAUGUGUCACAAGGAGGAACAGAACAUUCUGAUGUGUUGGAGAUGAGCACAAGCCUUGGGGAAAUGGCUGUACAGGAUCCGUCUGACACCAGUUAUGCAAUAUCCAGCGACACCCCCCCAUCUAGCAAAGAGUCUUUUUCUGAUUCUGCCUCGGCCAGUGGAAAUGGAAAGGGGUGGUCUGAAAGAAAAUGGCUUGUAAACGAGUCAAAACUAUUAGAACUAUUUGCUCUCUGCAGAACAUGUGGCUCUGCCAUUGAAGACAAAACAAUUAUUACUCAGUCCAGCCAAAUCAGAGUUCAGUGGAAUUGCAUAAAUGAACACUCCGGAACAUGGUCUUCAUGUCCUGACAUCAGAGGAAUGCCGGCAAGCAAUCUCAUAAUCAGUGCAGCCACCUUCUUUACCGGCACCACCCACACCACUAUAAUGGACUGGGCUGAACUUCUCCACACAUCGAUUCCAAAGAAAACACAGUUUUAUGCACUUCAAUCUUCCUACUUGAUACCAGUUAUUCAAGAAGCAUACCAAACACAGCAUGAGCAAAUAAUAAAGCGCCUCAUAGAGCAUUCAAACUCAGGACAAAAAGUUGAGCUCUGUGGUGAUGCGAGGUGUGACAGCCCAGGUUUCAGUGCCAAAUAUUGCACAUACUCUUUUCAGGACGACGCCACGAAAGAGAUUGUACACUUUGAAUUUGUUCAGGUAACCGAAGCAAGCAGCUCUGUGGCCAUGGAGGUGUUGGGUUUCCAGAGGGGUCUGGAUUAUCUGCUUGAGAGGGGAGUGGAUAUUGAAGUGAUAACCACUGACAGAUCACCAUCCAUCCGAAAACUGCUGAGGGACAACUACAGGAGCAUACGGCAUGAACUUGACCCCUGGCAUGUCAGUAAGAGUGUGAAGAAAAAACUUGUGUCCAUAUCCAACAAGAAGGAUAACAAAGACCUCCGUCCUUGGAUCAAGGCCGUUACCAACCAUCUUUACUGGUCAUGUUACACAAGCAAAGGUGACAAAGAGGACUGUGUAAGAAGAUGGACAUCACUUCUCAUCCACAUAUGUGGUGUACAUAGAUGGGAAGAGGAUAGUGUUCAGUACACCUGUGGUCACCCAACCCUGACAAAAGAGCAUCAGAGGCGGAAGAGGAUCUCUGGAAGUGUUCCAUGCAGUUAUGCUGAAGUAUGCAGAGAAACGACUGCACUUUGGUUAUGACAGCAUGAGGACUUGCACGCAACUUGCCAUAAUAGAUCACAACAGUAACCUCGGCAGACCACUUGCUACAACACAACAAGGACAACCAAAGCACAAAGUUGUCUACUCGCGACAGACUCAGCAAUGGGUGGCAAAGCCCAUGUAUGAACAUACAACUCAGGCCUUCCGCGAUGACCUGAUGGAGCGUGUCUGGAGGAGGAGAGAAGACAGGACCAUAGUCUUCUCUGAGCCCUUACCCCGUCAUCGACGGAGAAGAAGGCGACUGCUUCGCAACAUAGCCCCAGUUCCACGGCCGGAUAAGAGUGAACUGGUUGCUCAAGCCAGGUCGCGUUACAUGAGCAUGUUCUAGGCCUAGGAAAAGAGCACUGAACUAUUUUUUCUUUGUACACUUCAGACUAUGUUGCAGCAUGAUUAUGUAUAAAACCACACACUGCACUGUACAUACUUUACAUUGAUUGUGUCUAGAUUGUGAUAUUGUAAUUUAAUUUUUGUUGUUGAAGUAAAAACAAAAAAGCACAAAUGUAAUGUGUACUGUUAUAUUAUAAAACCACUGAUAACAGACAGGUGCAGCAAUAUAUUAUAGAACUGUACAAUUUACUUAUUCUUACAAUUUACUUAUUCAACUUUACUUGUACAAUAUACAUAUUCUUACUGUUUCCUUAUAGAACUGUGCAAUUGCUUUGUUUAUUCCUUGUAAUGGCAAUACCAAGUAUUACUAGAAAUCAUAGUUUUAGACUCAGAAAAUGUCCUCUGCCUCUUUGAAUCCCGUGUAACUUCCAGUGGGGGAGGGGUACUCUUGUCUGAUCGCUGCUACAACACAGCUAGGCAAUGUUCUUCUGGUGCCACGGCCAAGGCGCUCUCCUCUCAGAACCCACUCCAGAAUCACCCGGUAGGCCACGAGUCUGCAUUGGCUGGGGGGGAGGAAGGGCGAGUUUUGGUUAUUUCACUAAAGAAGUGGCGCAUCUCUUUAUAAUAAAUAAUAAUAAAAUUCAUUUAUAUAACGCUUUUCAUGGUACUCAAAUACACUACAGUAAAAACCAUCACAUAUAUUACAUUAAAAAUAGAUAAGCAAUACAACCAACAAAUACAACAAUCAUAUUUAGAAGCAAUUAAAACCAGUAACUAU